AUGAUGCAUUACACACCUUGGAUCCAUCAUCAAGCGAUGUUGGAUAAUCAUCAGUGUUAUACAUCAUAUAUGACUGCUGUGCCAUCCUACCCACAUAAUAAUCAUGAGCAACAGCAUAUUACAGAAGAAGAGAGUGAACAAACUGGAGAUGAAACUCAUGAUACUAUGACUUCUGCUACAUCAGGAGAGCGGAGUUCUAGUGCUGAUAUAUUCAGAUUAGAAUUUGCAGCAGCUCAAUGGUCUAAACUAGUCUCAAAUGCAGAAGGCCUUUUUACUAAGCUUAUGACAAGUAAUAUUUUACCUCAUACAGAACAAGAUCAAAUUGAACAAUGGCUCUGUAUGAAGCAAGAAUAUGAAGAAUGCAUUGGCAGCGAUGAUAAUGGUAGUUUACAUGGUUACACAGAAAAUGCAAGAAGAUCAUUGGAAAGAAUAGAAGAAGUAACUGAAACUGAUGAAAAAACAGAUGAAUCUCUUCAUCAAAUGGAAAGAAAGAUCGAUAUAAAUUGUUCAUCUUGUUCAGAGAGCGAAUUGUCUGAAACUAAUGAUGACGACGAGGAAGAGGAGGAAGAGCACAGUGAUGUUAGUUCAGAAAAUCCAGAUUUUUUAGAAAAACUAGAUGAAUGUAUGAAUAAACUUAAGUUAGAAACAGAUAAAAUAGUAGAUUCUAAAAAAGAUGAAUUCAGAGAAACAAAUAUAGCGAUUAUGCCAUCCAUAAUAAAAUCUAUAAAUAGUAACAAUAAUUAUGUCCCUAUAGCUAAACCUAUUCCGCUUAGAAAUCCAAAUUCCAGAAGGAAUUCAAUGCUUCCUGGUUCUGAAAUGUGUAAUGAAGUAUUAGCCUUCAAUGACAGCCUCAAACCUAACCAAAAUCAAAUGUUAGAUAAUAAAACAUUAUUAACGUUUACUAGUAUAAAAACCUUAGACAAUCGUAAGCCUGAAACGAUUAUCAAUGAAAACGUUGCAAUUCAUAACGACAAUUCACCAGAUUUAUUAAUCGAUGCGUUGAAAACAACAGAAGUACCAGAGCCUAUAAAAGAACUGAAAACUUUGACAUUAAAUAAUGAAGCAAAACAAACUCAAGUGAAAAAGAUUCAAUCAGAUUUAGAUGGAGCUCAUAAACGUAUAGAAGAACUACAAAUGACUAUUAAAAUCAAAGAAAAAUUCAUUGCAGAUAUGAUAAAAAAUUCGGAUGCACGUGCUAGUGCAAAACAAAAAUUUCAGCGCAAAUGGAGUAAAUUAGAAGAAGAAUACUAUAAUACAAGAAGUCAAUUGGCCCAAGCGGAAAACGCUUCCAUCUAUAAAGAUUUAGAAGAAAAAUCUGCACAUAAAAAGGAAAUUGAGUUAUAUAAAAACAUGGCUAUCCAUUAUGAGAAAAGAUUAAUGGAUAUUGAAAUGAUAAAACAAAUUGCAGGUGAUUCCGCUAAAAAAGUAUUAGAACUUGAGAGCUCUUUAAACACUUCUAAAAAGCAAAUGGAGAAAUUGAAAAAACAAUUGAAAAAAGAGGAGGAACGUAAGAAACAAUUAGAAGAGGAAUUAGCAGAGGAUCAGAAAAAGAUUCGUGAUCUCGAGGAGAAGUAUAAUUUAACUGCUUCUAAAUUAAAAGAGAUGCAGUCAGAAAGUGAGGAUGAAAAGAAUAAUAGUAAAUCAAAAAUCGAUUACUCUGAUAAGAAAAAAAAUUUACUAGACGUAAGUGCAAGAAUAUCGCAUCUUGAUCACGUUUUAAAAGAAAAAUCCAUGGAUUUGGAGAGAACAGCAGACAUAGACGAGAAAGAAGCUCUGCGACAUGAAAUUCGAAACUUGAGACGCACUAGGGAUUGUUUGGUAGAUGAAAAAUGCGAUCUAGAUGAAAAAUUCCAAAAGGAGAAAACACUAUCUACCGUGGAAGAGCGAAAAUUAUUAGAAUGUGGAGAAACAAUUGAGGCGAUUGACGCUAUGAUUGAACAUAAAAAUGAAAUGAUCUGUGGACGAAAGGGAUUCGAUGAAAAUCAAUCACAACGUGAGAAAGGGGAACGAAUGUUAAUGGAAAGAUUAUCAAAACUUUCAGACGGCGAAAUGAGGACAUUAUUCUAUAAGUAUUUUUUAAAAGUAAUUGAUUUAAAAGAAAGUUCGAAAAAUCUGGAAGUUCAGACAGCUGAAUUAGAAAGUCACAUAGAGACCCAAGAAUGGCAGAUACAGACAUUGACAAACGCCUUAAAACAGACCAAAUUAGAAGCAGAGAGAAGAAUAAUCCUUAUGCAAAGAGAACACGAGGAGAAAUUACACCUCAUGUUCAGACAUUUUGCGGAGGAAACUAGUAGUUCCGGUCAUGAAAGACUGGAUAAAGAUUCUGAACUUGCGAAAUACAAACGUGAAAACAGAGCUUUGAGGAAACGACUAGCGGAUGUCGAAGCUCUUUUGAAAGUUGCAACACCGCCACGUGCAGCUAGUCCAGCGAAGAUGUCGCAGCAAGGAUUAAAACAAAUUGCACCGAAUAGUCGGCCGACAACCAAAGUAACCAGGCAGCGGAAUAAAUUGAUAAUACAAAAAACUACCGACUGCGAUAAAAAAAAGAAAUGA